CAAUAAAUAAGUCAGACGGGACGGUGCGGUUUUUCCUCCUUUCUCUUCCACCUUCAUUUUCUCGGCGGCCUUCCAAUCCGGCGGUCCAGAGCGACGGAGAGAGGAGAAAGAUCGGUCGUUCGUUCUUCGUCGCCUCCUCCUCUCCUUCUCUCUCCAUCGGUUCAAGUUAGAACUCCUCCAUCGUAGCCACCAUGAAUGAGAAGGCUAACGUAUCCAAGGAGCUCAAUGCCAAACACAGAAAGAUUCUAGAAGGUCUGCUCAAAUUGCCCGAGAACAGAGAAUGUGCAGAUUGCAAAGUGAAAGGUCCGCGAUGGGCUAGUGUGAAUUUAGGGAUCUUUAUAUGCAUGCAGUGCUCUGGGAUCCACAGAAGUCUUGGAGUGCACAUAUCAAAGGUUAGAUCAGCUACACUUGAUACAUGGCUUCCUGAACAAGUUGCAUUUAUUCAAUCAAUGGGAAAUGAGAAAUCAAAUAGUUUCUGGGAAGCAGAGCUACCUCCAAACUAUGAUAGAGUUGGAAUUGAGAAUUUCAUUCGUGCAAAGUAUGAAGAGAAGAGAUGGGUCCCUAAGGAUGGGAAACCAGCAUCGGUGUCCAGUGUACGUGAAGAGAGAGCUCCACUCCAGUGGCCACAAUCUAGUGAUAGAAGUGGGCAUGGAUAUGCAAACAACUCUGGCCAUUUAUCUGGUGAAAGGAAAAAUGUCCAAACGCCAAGCACGAGGCAUGAAAGCCCUGCUGCUAAAGUUAGUUUACCAAUGCCACCUAAAGGACCAGAACAUGCAUCUCCUGCUCAAUUGACACCCCAAGGAAAUCAGAAAGUAGAGCCAGUUGCACCUGCUGAAUCUGUAAAACAGGUUGUAGAACCUGCUGCUGCCCCUAAAGUUGAUUUUGCCACUGAUCUAUUCGACAUGCUUUCAAUGGAUGAGCCAAGUGCAAAUGGCUCAGAAGCAGUAACUGCAGAUGAUAAUGCAUGGGCUGGUUUUCAGUCUGCUGGAGCACCAAAAACAUCAGAAAGAACUGAGAUAACGAAAGCUGAUGAUAUCAAGCCUCAGUCCUCUUCUGGAAUUGAAGAUUUAUUUAAGGAUGCACCACCAAUCAUGCCUGCUACCUCAUUGGAGAAGCCUCAAAAAGAUGUUAAGAAUGACAUUAUGAGCCUUUUUGACAAGUCCAAUAUGGUGUCACCAUUCGCUAUGCAUCAACAGCAGCUUGUUAUGCUGGCACAGCAACAGUCUCUUCUAAUGGCUGCUGCUGCCGCUGCUGGUAAUCCUAAUGCUACUGCCGGUGCAUUAAAAGCCCCUGGCAAUGCACAACAGAUGGCAACUGGCACCAACUUACCAAACCAAGUUUGGCCGAAUUUUGGCUACCAGUUCCCUGGAAUGACAAUGCCCACAGCUGUAAAGAAUGAACCAGAGAAAUUUAUGCAGAUGGGUACUACGGCUAUGCCAGAUUUAGCUGGGAAUUCAAUUCCAUUUUCAACUUCCAGUGUCUACACGAUGGGACAAAAUAAUUCUUCCACCAAUGGUAUAGUGCAACCUGGACCAAGCAAGCCGGUAGCAUCUUCAGUUUCUUCCAUUUCUACACAGUCGGCUAAAGAUUACGACUUUUCCUCUUUAACACAAGGAAUGUUUUCAAAACGCUGAGGUGAAAAUUCAGUACCCCAUGGAAAUGUAUGAUUCUACAAUUUCUACUAAGUAUUAUAUACAGAAAAAAAAAUAGUACCUGAAGGUUUAGCUCUCUUUACUCCUGCAUUGGAGAUUAUUAUAAACUAUUUUGUAGAGCAGCGAUGUUGAGUUUUCUUUGGUGGUGAGGUUCAUUUGUGUUGUAUCUGGAUGAAUAAGCGGUUUAGAUUGGACCUUUUCUUUUUGGCUA